AUGGUAAAGCGCGUGCUUGUAGGCUAUGGCAUCGACGUGGAUGCAGUGAGUGGCUGGAUCAAUACCGAGGACGGCCACAUCCCCGAUCUCACCGAUAUAUCGCGUGGUAUCUUUGGUGCUACCGUGGGAAUCGACAGACUUCUGAAAUUGUGGGACAAAUUCAACAUCAAAACCUCAUGGUUUAUUCCCGCUCAUUCACUGGAGUCAUUCCCAGCCCAGAUGGUCAAGAUCCACGAUGCUGGACAUGAGAUCGGUCUGCAUGGAUAUACCCAUGAACAUGUGGAUAUGUUAACUGAGCAGCAAGAGCGCGAUGUGCUUGCAAAAUCAAUCGAAGCAGUGACUGCGCUCACCGGAAAGCAUCCGAAAGGGUGGACGGCGCCGUCUUGGAGAACAUCGAGCCGCAGCAUCAGGUUGCUGGAAGAGUUCGGUCUAGAGUACGACCACUCGUUCAUGCACCACGACUCCCAACUCUACUACGUUCCAUACGACUCAGGCGAAGUAGUAGCCACUGACCUCUCGAAGCCUGCCGAGCAAUGGAUGAAGCCUAUGAAAAAGCUCAAGCCGAGUAAGAUUGUUGAAGUGCCUGCAAACUGGCAUUUAGAUGACUGGCCACCCUUCCAACUGACGGAGGGUCCAUCGCAUGGAUAUGUGGAUCCAGACGUUAUUGAGAGACUUUGGAAAGCCCAGUUUGAUUAUCUCUACCAAGAGUAUGAUACUUUUGUGUUCCCGAUAUCGAUUCACCCUCAAGUUAGUGGGAAGCCUCAAGUCAUUUUGCUCCAUGAAAGGCUCAUUGAGUAUAUCAACUCGCAUGAUGGUGUGGUGUGGUGUACAUUUGAGCAGAUGGUCAAGGAGUUCAAAGAGGGCAGAAUUGAGGGAUUCCAGGUGGAAGGAGGAGUUGAAUAG